AUGAUAUCAAGAUUAAAAAAUAUUUUUAAAAAAGAUAAAAAUGAAUCAAAUUAUAUAUAUAAUUCUGAUUUAUUUUAUAUUAAAAACAAUUUUGAAACAACAUAUAACACUAGUUAUACAAUGGAUAGAAAAAAAAAAGAUAAGAUAGAUAAUAUUUUGUCAUAUAAAUCAAAAUAUUAUUAUAAUCCACCAGAAUGUAAUGAGAAAUUGGGUGAUUUAAAAAAUUAUUUAGAGAGUACAAUUGAUUACCAUAAUAUUGGAUUAUUUGAAAAUACUAUAAAUAUUAAAUCAAAAAAUAUCUUUAAUACCAGUCAAACAUUUUCUCAAAAUAAAAAGUUUAUAAAUUGUAAAGGAAAAUGUAACUUUGAUAAAAAUUGUUGUAGUUUAUGUAUUAGAAAAAAAGUUUUUAAAUAUGAUUAUGAAUUUGAUAAUGAUAGUUUUAAUGAAUUUAAUUAUGUAUGCCAAGAAAGUAAUACAGAAUCAUCAACAUCUUUUUUAGAAAGUUAUCAAUGUAAACAUAAAAAGAUAAAAUCAUUUAAUAAUAGAAAUAAAAGAAAAGAUAACAUAUAUGUGAAUGAUAUGUAUGAAGAGGACAAAAUUGUUAGCCUAAUUAAACAUUAUGAGAUUAUUAUAGAACACCUUAAAAAACAAAUGGAUAAAAAUAAAAAAAAUUAUAAAAGAAAAGUUGCCGAGAAUAAGGAUGAAUUAUCAAUAUAUUUACAAUUAAUUGAAAAAUAUCAACAACAGUUAUGGAGAGAAAAAAAUAAACUUUUAAUAGAAAAUAAAAAAGUUGAAAAUUUAAAAAAAUUAUUAUUAGAUGCUUAUAAAAAUAUUAGUCAAUUAAAAAAUAAAUUACAAUAUGUGGAAGAUGAUUUUAAGAAUACAUUUCCUGAAUUAGAAUUAAAAAAAUUAUGUAUAUUAUAA